GUUGUUGCCAUGAGGACAGCGAAGCAAUGGGGGAACUGAGAUGAAAAUGUCAGAAUGGGAGGAUGAGGCUUUCUUGUAAAGAUGCGUCUAUUUGUUUCUCUCACACUGCAGGCUUCAUUUGGAUGUAUUUUUGAGCAACACAAGGUUUUGAGGUGGAGCUAAUGAAGCAAAAGAUUUACUCUGACCUUUGAAUUCUGUUUGAUACAAUUUAUAUGAGACUAUUUCAGAAAAAUAAAACUACACCUCAUGUUGUUUUACUACAAAAAUUGUGAAAAUAGGGCUCUCACGAUGAGAAGCCCCCCAGACUGAAGAUACGUCUGCUCUUUGCUUGAGCUCUGAGGAGUUCAGGAGGAGUCCGACUUCAUUCACUGCUCUGGGGAGCUGCUGUCGUCACAAGCAAUCACAGUAAGCUCCCAAGAUCCCUACCUAUAACUAUGUUUAGAUAAAAUUUUCCACCUGAAAAAUAAGAUCUAAGAUACAGUAUCCUGCUUUACUCUGGUUUGUUCACAGUUCACAGUGCAAAAGGCAAAGACUUUAGUGGAAAAUCAUUUAGAAACUCUUAGAGGUACAAACACUAAACGUGACACAGAUCAAACUGAAUCCGUCUACAGGAUAAGAAAAAGCAUUCACCUUUUAAGCUUUAGUGAGCAUGAAUAAUUUUACACUUUAAAUUUAUAAUCACAGCUCUUCUUGCAGAAAAUGUCACAAAUGUAUCAGAAGACAGUCCUGCUGUUGUCGUUCUCUCUCCAUCCCUCUUCUCACAUGCUCUAUAGUGUUGCAUCAUUCAGCACAACAACAUGUGAGGAGAGCUGCCAAAACCGAGGGUGGCAUCACACUUGAAGUAUUUAUGAGCCUACAAAGACGGGAUCCUCCACUGGCAGCUGCCUGGUUAUGAAAAAACAUUUCCUGUUAGCCAAGAGGCAGGCCACCAGAUGUUUGAAGGGACUGUCAUCCCCCAACAAUUGUGCUGGGGAGCUCUCUACCUCUUGGCAGCAGGGGUGGCAUUAACAUCUGAUGCACGCCUGUCAUGUCCAACAGUUUUGCCACUGCAACGCUGUGCUGUUGAAGGUGAACUGCUCUGAUGGCCAACUUAGCGCAGUGCCUUAUGGUCUCCCGCAAAAUGCUAAGUGACUAAACUUAACAACUCAUAAUAAGAUCAAGUCUCUGAUGCCUCAGCAGUUCCAGACUUUGUCACAACUCUUAAAUUUAGAUUUGAGUGACAACCUUCUGGAAAUAAUUGAAAUGGAAGCCUUUCUUGGUUUGCAGAACCUGCUAACUCUGUGUCUUGCUCGUAAUCGCCUGAAGAUUAUUCCUGUAGGAGCCUUUGCUGGCUUGACAAACCUGAAGGUACUGGACAUAAGUAGCAAUGAGAUCCUUGUUUUCCUAGAUUUUACUUUCCGUGACUUGGCUGCCCUGCAGUUUAUGAAAUCAGCAGAUAAUGAUCUAGUUUUCAUCUCUCAUCUACCUUUCACUGGACUAAGCAAUGUACAAGAGCUUCAUCUUGAUGGCAGCAACCUCACUGCUAUGCCAACAGAGGCACUCGCACAGCUUAUUGUACUGAGAAGUCUUCACUUUCAUCGACUGGGCCUUACCACACUGCCAAACUACUCUUUUUGUCAUCUAGUGCACCUCAAGGAGCUUGUCAUUUCCCAUUGCCCCUGGCUGGAGAUGCUAUCAGGAAACAGCCUAUUUGGCCUAAAUCUCACAGCCCUCACCAUUAGACACUGCAACCUCAGUGCUGUCCCCUACACCCCUCUCCAUCACCUUGUAUAUCUUUUAUACCUUGACCUUUCCUUUAAUCCAAUUACUUACAUUCACAGAAACAUGCUUGGAGACUUGCUUCGGCUCCAAGAGCUCCAUCUAAUUGGCGGAUCAUUGCUGCGCAUCGAAAUAGGAGCGUUCAGGGGUUUAACACAUUUCAAACUGCUGAAUGUAUCCAAAAACCUGCUCACCACAUUUGAGGCAGGUGCUUUUCAUUCACUGGACACCCUAAAAACUCUGGGACUUGAUAACAACCCACUGGUAUGUGACUGGCGUUUGCUGUGGCUGGUGCGAAGACGCCAGUACCUGGACUUUGGUGGGCAUUCACCAAAUUGCACUCCCUCGGUCCAGGUGCAGGGAUGGAACUUUCUCGGCUUUUCUGAAGCUGAGCUCCCAGGCCUGCUCACUUGUCGGCAGCCUCAAAUUCUGAACCACAAACUCCAAGAAGUGAAAGUAGAUCAGGGACACACAGUAGUCUUUUAUUGCAAAGCAGAAGGUGACCCUCUGCCAUCUGUCAGCUGGCUAAACCCACAGCUAAGACUGUUAUCACCCAUUGGUAGAAUACGGACUCUCUCUAAUGGCUCAUUGGAGGUUCGCUAUGCUCAGCCUCAAGACAGUGGUACUUAUCUCUGUGUGGCAUCUUACGCAGCAGAAAAUGCCAGCCUGGCCAUCAGCCUUCAUGUCCAAGCCUUUCCAUCAUCUUCUAAAAACCACUUUCAUCUUAAAGGCUGGUUUGCUUUUCCAUCUGCCUCUCCAGGUCUGGAUGAAAAUCAAAAACUCCCAUUUGACAUCAAAACAUUACUGAUAGCAGCAACCAUUGGGUUUCUUUCAUUUUUCAGCUCUGUAAGCUUAUGUUUCAUUUUCAUGUUCUUCUGGAGUAAAAAGCAAAGUGCCAUGUCUAAUAGUAAUGGGGGCACAGGAAACUAUAUGGAAACAAGUAGGUUCACCAUGAAACUACUAUGA